AGCGAUUGCCCAAAUCCCUAUGUGCUGCUUCCUCCAUUUCCGCCAAAGCCUGGCAGUACCAAACGGGCUACAGUUACGAGUACCGCGAGUAUCUAUAAAGCCAAGCUACAAAAGGGCUGGGGCCGGAGCUGCUAAAGUCACAUGUGACAGCGUGAUAGCCGGUCGCCAUGAUCAUCCGCCAUGUUGUGCGACCUCGUCGACGGCUGCAUCUAACCGUCGGAUGUCGUCCUCUAUCCACCCAAGAAAAGCCAUCAAUAUUCAGGCGCAUAAAGGAUGAUAUUGACGACGCCGAAUCUCGUGGUGUUCUGCCAAAUUUCGGACCCAAGCCUAAUCUAGCCAACUGGGUCGCGACGUCGACGUUCCAGCUUUUAUACUUUUACGCGACGGGCAUAUUCGAAGUCAUCAAAAGAAGGACCAAGCUUACGAAGACACCAGCCACGAGGAAGGAGUGGCGCAUGCUGAGGACACAGGACAGGGAUAUGUCCAUGAUUGUGCCAUUUUGUGUACUGCUGUUGGACCCCAUCAUUCUUCCAUUCGUGGUACUGCUUCCGCCUUCAUUUCUUCCUUCGACGAUUAUCCUCCCAGGCCAACUUCGGCGCCAGCAGGAAGCGCAUAUCCAGAGUGUCAGGGAGGCUCUCCCGGAGCUCUGGAAGGCCCAUGAGCUUCUCGAGCGUCUCAAGAUCCAGCCUUUCGCUGACGAGGAUAGGGAUGAAGACGAAGAUGAAGAUGAUCUGAAGGGUGUUAAAUUUGAUGAUGAAAAUGACUUUUGGUUUCAUCGUAGCCGCCGACUCGCUAUUUGCCAUUUGUAUGGUCUACCUGCAUUCCAAUCAAUUCCGGUUCCUCCACUUGGUAUCGAGUCUCACAUGGAAUUUCUCGAGGAGGAUGACGCGUGGUUAGUGAAGGAAGGUCUGGAUGGGUUAGGUCAUGACGAAGUGCGCGAAGCAGUAAAUGAACGUGGAUUGUGCUUGGUUAGUGAGACGGAAGCUGCGCCUCUGCUCAAGUGGUGGCUUGAUCACGUUGCAACUGGGAGUCACGAUCAAAGACUCAAGGCGGCACUCGCCUUUUCUGUCUUUUAUAAGUCGGUCGAGGAUAGAGAUGAAUGAGCACCGGACCUAUUAAUCUAACAACCAUUUUUUGUAUCUACAACACAAACUGGCGGAGAUGAAAUGCAGCAUUACUAUGAUAUUC